UACCAAAGCCUCCGGUAAUGACGUAUCCAUCUCCACGGAGACUGCGCAUAACCGCGCGUGCGCGGUUACAUCCCACUAUAAAAGCGCAGGCCGGCGGUUGGCGUGUUCUCUUUCAAUCGGACCAGAGACAAGAUGUCUCACCGUAAGUUUUCAGCUCCCCGUCACGGGUCUCUGGGCUUCCUUCCUCGCAAGAGGAGCCGCAGACACCGCGGUAAGGUAAAGAGCUUCCCCAAGGAUGACUCCAGCAAACCCGUCCACCUCACCGCCUUCCUGGGCUACAAAGCCGGCAUGACGCACAUCGUCCGUGAGGUCGACAGACCCGGCUCUAAGGUGAACAAAAAGGAGGUUGUCGAGGCAGUCACCGUUGUCGAGACUCCUCCCAUGAUCGUCGUAGGAAUCGUGGGAUACGUCAAGACUCCUCGUGGUCUGCGUUCCUUCAAGACCAUUUUUGCCGAGCACAUCAGUGACGAGUGCAGACGCCGCUUCUACAAAAACUGGUACAAGUCCAAGAAGAAGGCUUUCACUAAGUACAGCAAGAAGUGGCAGGAUGAGGAGGGCAAGAAACAGCUGGAGAAGGACUUUGCCUCUAUGAAGAAAUAUUGCAAGGUCAUUCGUAUCAUCGCCCACACACAGAUGCGCCUGCUGCCCCUGAGGCAGAAGAAGGCCCACUUGAUGGAGGUCCAGCUGAACGGCGGAACAAUCUCAGAGAAGGUUGACUGGGCCCGGGAGAAACUGGAGCAGGCCGUCCCCAUCAACAACGUGUUUGCCCAGGACGAGAUGAUCGAUGUCAUCGGAGUCACCAAGGGUCACGGCUACAAGGGUGUGACAAGCCGUUGGCACACGAAGAAGCUGCCCCGUAAGACCCAUCGUGGUCUGCGCAAGGUGGCGUGUAUCGGAGCCUGGCAUCCUGCCCGCGUGGCCUUCAGCGUGGCGCGUGCCGGUCAGAAGGGCUACCAUCACCGCACAGAGAUCAACAAGAAGAUCUACAAGAUUGGACAGGGCUACCACACCAAGGAUGGCAAAUUGAUCAAGAACAAUGCCUCCACUGAUUACGAUCUGUCCAACAAGAGCAUCAACCCACUGGGUGGAUUUGUCCACUACGGUGAGGUGACCAACGACUUCCUGAUGCUGAAGGGAUGUGUAGUUGGAACCAAGAAGAGGGUGCUGACCCUGCGCAAGUCUCUGCUGGUGCAGACGAGCCGUCGCGCUAUGGAGAAGAUCGACCUCAAAUUCAUCGACACCACCUCCAAAUUCGGUCACGGACGUUUCCAGACUGUGGACGAGAAGAAGGCCUUCAUGGGUCCUCUCAAGAAAGACCGCAUUGCCAAGGAGGAGUCUGCCUGAGCACCACGCUGCACUGCUCUGUGUGUGGAUUCAUGAAUUGUCAUGUAGCACUGCAGAGAUGUUUAAUAAAAAAAAAAAAAUGGACAAAAACCUUUUGCAUGUCUUCACUAUUCCAUACAUUGCUUUUCAGAUGAGCUUUUGAGCUGUUUGAGAAUAAAAACAGCAAAGUCAA